AUGAUUGGAUUCGUUAGCUAUGCAGUGAUGGCAAAUUGGCCAGAAACUGGUGUGAUUGCAGCAAGUUUUGUGUACGGGCUUGUCAAUCAGUCAUCUUCGAGUGACAGUUGUCAGAUAUACGGUUUACGGGUGUUAGGGUCACUGAUGGAAGAAGUUGGCCCAGUAUCGGGUCAAUUUCGGUCGAUUGUAGGCCUCGGCUAUCGAUUUGGUGGUCAUGGAUCGCAAUCUACGGAGGAAAGUGAUCAUUUCAAGCUUUUAGAAGCUGAUGGAGAUUCUUUACUUGUGGGAGCUCGAUUGGGUGUGAACUUAAAUGCUGUUGUGAUCACUCUAGAAGCACUUAUCCAAAAACUAGUUUCCGCCGUACAACUAACCCAUAUUGAUUGGGAACUACUGAAAUGGCAUCGUUUAAUGACACGCAUCGUUUGCCACGAGGUCCGAGGCCGAGUACACUGCGGGUCUACGCCAGAAGACGUGUUUUCGGCGAAGAAAAUGAGGGAAGCACUUAUCCAAAAACUAGUUUCCGCCGUACAACUAACCCACAUUGAUUGGGAACUACUGAAAUGGCAUCGUUUAAUGACACGCAUCGUUUGCCACGAGGUCCGAGGCCGAUACACUACGGGUCUACGCCAGAAGACGAGUUUACGGCGAAGAAAAUGA